AUUAAAGAUGCCCUUCUUUCAGCUAUUACUUUUAGGUACCGUAACAGUAUUUGUCAUCACAACGACAGAAGUUCCUAGAUUGUGUACUGCGAGUUGUCAAAAUAAGUAGUUGUCACCUUAAGAUAGUCGAUGGGCAUUUACCACAUUUCCGUAUAUAUCAGUCCAUAGACUUACAUAAUUAUUAUGUAACAAUGAAAGGGGGCGUUACCAAAGAAUUCCUCCACAUGAGAGAUAUUAUCUUAGAUGCAACAACAAUUCAGUGGAUGAUGAAAAACAUUUUUUUUAAAUUCUAAUGUAGUCAUGUAACAGAAGAAAGGGUUAUUUUAUAUCAGACAAAUCAUUUAAGAAUUUUGUAAGGACAGUGAUAAAAAAUCUGGCAUUAGUACAAUGAAGAUGAAAAUAUCCUCAUCCACAUUAGUAAGAUGAUUUAGUGGAAUAUGAUACUACAAGUAUUACAUCUCAUUGCAUUGUACACAUUUUCUUUUUCAUGUUUUACACUUGUAAGCUAUUUUGGUCACUUAUAAAUUUGAAUUACGAGAAAAUGGCAGUUGUGGACAGGUCAAUGCUAUCAAAAUCAGGUAUACUGGACUUCCUCAAGAUCUAAAGUAUGCAGGUAAUUAUUGACUAUUAUUGUUAUAAAACACCCCUCUUAGGUACCUGCAGACCACAUUAUCUGCAGAUGUCGCUCCACCUGAGAUCUAUUGUUAAAUGUUUGGUUGACAGGCAGCUUAUCAUUGAUCAUGAUACAGGUAAAUUUGGGGGUGUUAACUAACAUUGGAUCUUUAAUUACUUGCUCUUGUGGUCAGCCAGGUUCAAUUGACAGUGGCCAGAUAGCUGAGUUGGUAGUGCACCUGACAAGAGAUUCAGGGGCCCCGGGUUUGAAUCCAUUGUAUUUUCUCCCUUCCUGUUACACUUCUUAAGCAGAGGCACUUGUUUCUGGUUGUGAAAAAUAGCAUGAAUUAUCAGUUUUCCGGACUUUUUUUUUUGGUUGUGCUUGCAGAUAUUCAUUUGAUAUUUGGUACAUUGCUUUGCCAUAACAAGUUACAGAUCAAGUUCGAAUUUCAUCUCGUUCCGUUGAUUUUACAUUAAGUUGUGGCCCUUGGACUUAGAAAAAUAGCAUGAAUUGUUAGUUUACAUCCAAGUUUCUUAUCUCUGUAGAUAAGAAUACUAAACUCAUUAAAACUUCUAGCAUAUUAAUACAACAAUAUAGCUAAAUUAUUCAUGAUCACCUACAUGUCACAGUUUAUUGACUUGGUUAAAGACCUAAACCUACAUGUAAUAAUAAGUUUGUCUUUUUUCCUGGUCUAGUCUCUACUCGAAUAGUAAUUAUUUCCAACAAUUCCUAUCCUGGUUCCCCAAUUUUCGCUUUUACCAUAACCUCCAUAAUGAACUUUGAAUAUUGUUGUGGUACAGUAAUUUUUGCAACCGGUAGGGGACUAUGUAUUGCCAUGCAAUACUCUCAGAAUGCUUGUUAUUUUUCCAGGUCAGUGGUCAAACGUCAAGGUUGUAGUAAAAUGUAUCAGUUAAUAGGUAAACCUUGUAGGCAGAAUAUAGACUGAACUAUUAGGGCUAGAACUGUCAAACGCGGUACACAUACUACUCGUGUCAAGUAGUGGAAGCGUUUUGUUUUUGAAGGUCAGUAGUCAAACGUCAAGGUCGUAGUAUCACUUAGUAGGAAAACCUUGUAGGCAAGAUGAAAAACUGAACCAUAUUACAACUUGGUACAUUUGAUCGCCAUGAUGAGAGGAAGAUGCCUUGCCUAUUAUUUUUCAAGGUCGAGGCCGCAGGAAAACCUUGUAGGCAAUAUACAGACCGAAUUGUUUGGGCUAGGACCGUCAAACUUGGUACACAUACACUUAUGCCAAGCGGAGGAUGCCUAUUGUUUCUCAAGGUGAAGGUCGUAGUAGCAGAAUACAGACUUGAACCGUUGGAGCUAGGACCAUCAAACUUGAUUCCUGAUUCUUCUGGGAGGAUGCCCAAAAUGGUUUUAUGGAGAGCCCCAGGUACAGAUGUUUCUGGAAUGGUGUGUCGCUGUGAAAAGGUUGUCACCACAUCAGAAAAGCUUCUAGAGGGAGAGGUAUACCACUACCAUACAAAAAUAGUGAUGAAGGAUCCUCUUGUUGGAGGUCGACAGGAAUGGCAUCAGGACUAUGGGUAUUGGUAUCAAAAUGGCUUGCUAUAUCCAGAUGCCAUGAGUGUGUUUGUAGCAAUAGACAGAUGCAAUAAGGCAAAUGGAUGUCUACAGGUAUUACCUGGCUCCCACAAGGUUGGUCGUAUUGAGCACAGGUCUUUAGCAGGUCAGACAGGAGCAGACCUAGAAAGGGUGGAGCACCUCAAGAAAAUAUUUCCACUUACCUACAUGGAGAUGGAGCCAGGAGAUGCCCUGUUCUUCCAUAGUAAUGUUCUGCAUGCCAGUGAUGAAAACAACAGUCCUAACAGGAGAUGGGCAUUGAUCAUGGCAUACAUCAGAAAAAGCAACAACCCUGUUGAAAGCAUGACUGGCCCGUUUCCAAGAUACACACCACUGGAAAAGGUUCCAAACUCUGCCAUUUUGGAUUGUACAAACGUGACUGAUUUUUCGGGGAAAGACUUUUUGGACCCCUCUACAGACAAGACAGUGAAAGCUGAUACAUCAAACUGAAGCCAGCAAGUGACCAAAGCUUAGAUACUGGUCAGUAGACCGAGACAAUCACUGAAUCAAACAACAGAUGUCAUUUUGUAUUUCAAUAUUACAUGUACCUUGUACGUGCAUCUGGUUUAUUACUUUUCAUUGGUUUAUUUUGGGAAGUAUAUUGUUUAUGUCAAAACUCCUAUUCAUCCUAUGUACUUAGAUGUUUUUGGUGAUUAGUAAGCAAACAGAUGAGGUACUUACUAGCAGUUCAUAACAUCCUUAAAGUGUAUGUAUGAUAGUGAAGAUUAUCUUCACAUUAAUCAAUCCCAUAAUUCCUAUAAGCAAUACAAAAUAGAGAGUUCGUCAAACACGGACCCCUGAAUAUACCAGAAGUGGUUUCAGGUCAAGAAGUAGUAAGCAUCCCCUGUCGACCAGUCACACCAGCCCUGAGCCCUACAUCUUAAUCGGGUAUUCUGCUUCUAUCUCCUAAGCUGUACAUAUAAAACUUAAACGGUACCAAUUUUAAUGCACCAGAUUCGCAUUUCGACAAAUAAUGUCUCAUUAGUGAUGCUCAAGCCGAAAUUUCGGAAAUCCGAAAUUGUGAAAUAUAUGCAUAUGAGGGAAUUUGAGCAUGGCAAAUGUAUCUCUAUUUCAUUUAUGUGUCAUGAUUUAAAUCAAACGGGGGAAAUCUUGUUAAUAACAACUUCCUCUUCCUACACUUUUGAACUGUGCAAUGAUAAUUCUCUGAAAAGUAAACAAAAUCAUUUUGCAUCAAACUUAAAAGAUUUGUAAACAAAAUAAUUCAUUUUAUUGAUAUGUACAAGUCAUGAAUUUUUUGUUGUUAUGUAUUUGGUGGAUUACCAAUACUAAUUAGCUUUUCCUUGUUAAAGAAUUGUUUAUGUGCAAUACAUUUCAUACAUUCAUAAUUUAUUUCAGUUUAAGCAUGUCUCAGUACUCAAUUUCAGUUAGAAAUAAGAUUGUUUGCAUAUAAUAAUUUGUAGAAGUUAUUCCAUAGAAAUUUUCAUUAUUUAAUUAUACUUUUUGAAACCUAUUAUUGAUUUUUAAGGACUUUGUGUGGUUCUGACUUACCCCUUUUACUUUGAUGAGGGGUGAAUGAACUAUUCUCUUAUCUAUGACAUUUUUAGCAACUUAAUCAUGAUUAUGCCCCCGAGAUCGAAGAUCGGACGGGGGGGGGGGGGAUAUUAUUUUUGUCCUGUCUGUAAUUCUGUGUGAAACUUUAACCUUGCUAAUAAUUUUUGAACAGUAAGUGAUAGAGCUUUGAUAUGUCACAUGAGUAUUCCUUAUGACAAGACCUUUCCGUGGGUGCCAACAUUUUUUACCCUGUGACCUUGACCUUGGAGUUUGACCUAUUUUUUGAAAACUUUAACCUUGCUAAUAACUUUUGAACAGUAAAAGAUAGAGCUUUGAUAUUUCACAUGAGUAUUCCUUGUGACAAGACCUUUCCGUGGGUACCAACAUUUUUUACCUUGGAGCUUGACCUACUUUUUGAAAAUUUUAACCUUGCUAAUAACGUUUGAACAGUAAGUGAUAGAGCUUUGAUAUUUCACAUGAGUAUUCCUUGUUACAAGACCUUCCCGGUGGUACUAAACCUUUUGACGUUGACAUUUUACCCACUUUUUAAAAAAUUGACAUUGGUCAUAACUUCUAAAUGGUAAAUAUUAGAGCUUUCAUAUUGUAUAUGAGCAUUUCUUGUGACAGGAUCUUUCUACUGGUACCAAGAUAUUUGUCCUUGUGACCUUGGCCAUCUUUGGAAUUGGCCAUUAUUGGGGGCAUUUGUGUUUCACAAACACAUCUUGUUUAAAAAUUUGUUCGAUAGAUGUAUGUAUACAUUUUUUUCCCCUGCAAAAACACUUCACUAAUAAGAUUUAAGGGUUUUUUUUCAUAUGUAUCUUUCAAAGGUACCAUAUCUAUAGAAAUAUUUGUCUUGUUCACAAAGCUACUUUUUGAAAACAAUUAUCUAAAGAGGAGUUUCCGGACAAAAUAUGUCAGUAGACAAUAUUAGCUUCAUUUGUGCUGAAAUCGUGAUAAACAGAAUCAUGAUCUUUUGAUUAGAAUUAACAUUUGGGGAAAACAUAUCUCAAAACUUGGAUUUUAAUUGAUUGUUCAUAUGGGUUUUUCCAAAUUAGGCCUUGGCCAUAUAUAGACAACUUACAAUUUGAUUGUGAUAGAUAACAAAGCACAAGGGUAUUGUAUUGCUUAUUUGUGUUUGUCUGAUUUUUGUGAAUUCAAUAUAGAAUUAGAAUUAUAUAAACAUGAUAUAUGUUACUUAUUCUGUAAUAAAAAUACGGUAUAUAUGAACAUUAUCUGAUUAUUUAAUUUUCUUUUAAAACAAGUUUCACAGUUUGUCAAAGUUUGAUGAGACUGGCCACCAUAUAAUAUGCUUUGAGUUAACAAACUACAGUAGAACACACUUAUAACGAAUUCACACAUAUUGCAGAAUUGCAAAGUGAUAUUUAUUUCCCUAUGAGAAGAAAAUAACACCUGUAAGGACCUGUUGUUGUUGUUGUUGUUUGGUGUUUUUUUGCUGGCCGUAGAGGUUUGAUUUAACUGUGUUUAUUGUAUAAUGAAGUUUGGUUAUAACGGACUGGUUUUUGCUGGCCUUAGAGAUUCGCUAUAACCAUGUUUUACUGUAUAAUGACGUUUGGUUAUGAUUUGUGCCAUACCUAGUUGAUAGAGUUCAUGUAGAAAUAUCAUUGAUUCCAAGGAAGACGGUAAUGAAUUUUAUGAAAAUCUAUGCAAUUUAAACCUGUGUGCUUUGUUUCAUUACUAGUCUUUGAAUUUUUAUAUUCUAAUAUUUACAUUUUCAACUGUAUUAUCCUAAAUAACACUAUUACGAGCAAUACGUAUUUAUCGCUGUAUACAUUUUAAAUACUUAUAUGACGGUUGUGCGUGUGAACAUUUGUUAAGAGUAGGUUACAGGUGCAACUUUUACUAAGGCAAUACACAUAGAAGUGAUAUCACAUAGCAAUCGCUCUCGCAGUAUAUCAAUAGAUGAAAUCAACAUCACAAUAUGUAUAUAUGAUUUUAUUUGUAUUCCAAACAGUGGACUUUCAUCAAUAAUAAAAACAUUUCUGUAAAA